GCUGCGCUCCCUCUCGCUCUCUCGCAGACACACACACCUCUCGCUGUCUCCUCGGCUUGCCUCACUAAUCACUGCACCUCCACCACCAUACCACCACUACUAGUACCUCCCCUAUAUGCUUGCUUCCCUCUCGAUCCCUCUCCUCCUCCCUUCCGUUUCAUAAGCCACCUCUAAGAGUAAUCGAGCUACUGCACCAUCUAUCUCCCACAGGCAGCGGAAGCAAUACAGCGUAGCGCCUAUGUCGGGCGAGUUCCAGUUCCACGACGAGCUCGCGUCGCUCUUCACGCAGCGGCCGGGGCCGGGGAUGCAGCAGCAGGAGCAGCAGGCCUCCUGGCUCGCCGACUACCUGCAGACGCCCAUGGACUACGACCUGCUGUGCAGAGCGCUGGAGCUGCCGGCCGCGGAGGACGUCGUCAAGAGGGAGCUGGUGGUGGACACCACGCCCAGCGGCGGCGCCCUCACUCCCAGUGGCGGCGGGGGGACGCCCAACGCCACGUCGUCCAUGUCGUCCUCGUCGAGCGAGGCCGGUGGAGGCCUCUGCGCCGGAGAGGGGGACUCGGCGGGGAGGUGCAAGAAGGAGGACGGCGACGGGGAGGACGGCAAGGGGGGAGAUGAGGGUGACAAGAGCAAGAAAGGGUCUUCGGCGGCGGCCAAGGGCGGCAAGGCGGGCAAGGGCGAGAAACGGCCGCGGCAGCCGCGGUUUGCCUUCAUGACCAAGAGCGAGGUCGACCACCUCGAGGACGGCUACCGCUGGCGCAAGUACGGCCAGAAGGCCGUCAAGAACAGCCCAUAUCCCAGGAGCUACUACCGGUGCACGACGCAGAAGUGUGUGGUGAAGAAGAGGGUGGAGCGGUCGUUCCAGGACCCGGCUGUGGUGAUCACCACGUACGAGGGCAAGCACACGCACCCCAUCCCCUCCGCGCUCCGCGGCAGCACCCACCUCCUCGCCGCGCAGGCGGCGCACCUGCAUCACCAGCACCACGGCCAUCUCGGCAUGCUGCCGCAGAUGGGCAUGGGCGGCCGCGCCGGAUCGCCGUUCGGCCGGAGCAGCGGCGGCGGCAUCGACGUGCUGGGCGGCCUCCUGCAGCCGCGCGCCCCCCACGGCAUGACGGCGCCGAUGGCCGGCGCCGGUGCGGGCCACCAAGCGCCGACCCAGGGCCUGACCGGCUCAAUAAGGAGCGUGGCGAGCGCCACCGCCACCGCCUCAUCUCCUCCAUCGCUCCAGAUGCAGCACUUCAUGGCGCCGGACUUCGGGCUCCUGCAGGACAUGCUGCCGUCCUUCAUCCACGGCGCCGGCGGCAACAACGACAACCAGCCCUCAUCACCGUAUGGGAAGCUUCAUUAGUUAGCUAGCUAUAGCUAGAGAUAAUUAAGAGAUUUGGUUGGUUCUUGCUGCCUUAUUAACAUCCCCCAAUCGAUCUUGUUUUUCCUUGAUUAUCUUCACUUCUUGAUUUGCUUCCUCGAUCGAUCCCGUGCUGCGAGAUGGUACAGAAUGAGUUUUUUCUGGGCCUCGUAUCAUUUCGAUGGAUCUAGCUCGUAGUAGUCAGUGUACUAGCAGUUCUUGUACAUGAAAGUACCUAAUUCCCCAUCUCAUGCAUAUAUUGCACUCUGGUUGCCGGUACUGGCCAUGCAUGCAUGAAGCUAUAUGUAUGAUAAUUUUAUGUUCCUUGUGUC